AACAGAAAAAGCGCACCGCGUUUCUCUCUCCGGUCAGUGUGCGGGUGGUGGUGGAGCGGAUCUGCGGCUGGAUUGAAAGCGCUCACUGCUGGAAGACUUCUGCUCGUUUAUGCGUCUUGUGUUUGACGCUUUGGGUUUGUUUAUAAAGAGAAGUGAGAUUAUCUGGAUUGAGCAGCACACAGACAUGUCCCGGAGGAAACAGAGUAACCCGCGACAGUUCAAACGCCACCGGGCUCCUAAUUCAGGUGGGCUUGAGAACGGACAAAUGUUGGAAUCGGAGGACGACGAGAAAGAGAUCCUGAAUGGCGUAGAAACGAGUGUAGACCAAGAGACACAGUUCCAUUUGGAACCUGAAAGUUUUCAGGUUAAAAACGAGGACGUUUCUAGCGAAGGAGAUGUGGGUGGAAGUCAGGAAGCCCAGACAGAAGUCAGUGAAGGACAUGUGAAGGAGAAAAACCCGAGCGGCGCGAGCGGGUCAGAGGAGUGGGACGGCCCGAGAGAGCUGGAGAUGGACAGCGUCGGAGCGGACAGAAGCGUUCGUUUCCGUCAGGCGCUUCCUCCAGGUGCCACAUGGGGGCCGUACGCUGGGAAAAUAGACAGAUCUUCUGGCGGAAAUGACGCCGUGCCAUUAGUUCUGAUUGGAGGUCCACAGUGGCUGAUGACUGUGACGUGGGUCAGCGCAGAGGACUCGAAGAAUAACUGUGUGGUGUACAGUAAAGGAGGACAUGUCUGGUGCUCGACCACGAGAAGCGUUACCGCGGGAGAAGAACUUGCUGUGUGCGCGGUGGACAUUUCCUCAACUCUUGCGUCCAUCCAGCUUCUUCCUCAGCAAGCCGCCAUGUCAUCCAUUCUCCAGAACGCCGUCAUCAACAAAGACAUAUUCUCCUGUAAGACGUGUGGGAUCUGGUUCAAGAGCGAGAGGAACCUCCAAGCUCACCUCAUGUACUAUUGCAGCGGACGGCCAAAGGAACCUGAGCUGGCCUCAGUAAAACUGACCAACACGAGCCUUCAGCCGUCCCGUACCAGCACUUACCCACAAUGCAGCACAAGUUUUAUGGGCCCACAGGCUCUAAAAAUGCACCUGGCCACACAUUCAGCUCUGAAGACAUCUCCUGGAAGCAGUUUGAAAUGCACGAUUUGCGACUACACAGCUGACACUCUGGUGGUCCUGCAGCCGCACAUCCUCACUCACCUGUCUCCAACAGGACUUCGAUGCGGUCAGUGCCACUUCACUUUCCAAACACCUCGAGAUCUCUCCAAACACCAGGAGCUGCACAGACACACUGGUCAGGAGAACAAAUCUAAUCGAGAAGAUCAAAACGAGAACUCAAACUCCCUCUGUGUUGCUAGUCCGAUGGAUCACGGAGGUGUUUUGGAAAGUCCGGGAAAGGAAAACACUCAGCAGGAGAAGAGCGAACAGGCACCAGGAGCGAACAAGGCUGAUGUAGGGUCUGGAAUUAAAGCUGGUUUUUCAUUCAGUAGAGUAAAAUCGGAGCCUUCCAGCCCUCGUUUGGCUUCUUCUCCAAUCCAGAAUCAUGUGACCCCAGCGUUUCCUGUACCACCCUUCCUGCCCCACGUGCCAUUCUCCCAGGAUAUAACAGCAGUCCCACAGGCUUCUGAAAUACUGGCUAAAAUGUCCGAGCUGGUCCAUCGCAGGCUCCGUCAUGGAGGCACCAGCUUCCCCCCAGCCAUGUACGACGCUCUGGUUCCAAAAGGAGCAACGUGCUUUGAAUGCAACAUAGCAUUCAGCAACCUUGAUAAUUAUUUAGUUCACAAGAAGCAUUACUGUAAUGGCCGCUGGCAGCACACCAGCAAGUCUCACGAUUACAGCAUCCUGGAAAAAGCCUCACUGAGCCCUAAAACUGGAAGCGGAUUAGCUGGAAUGCUGAACGCCAGCCACCAGUUUGAAGUUAAUGGCCAUAAUCCGAAUCAGUUCAGCACUUCUCUAGUUGAGCCCUACAGUGCACGAGAAAAGAAAUCACCUGAGGAAUUUCCAGCAAGCUUGAGAAAAGCGUCGACGCCACGUGACAAGGAGGAAAGUCAGAACGCCGUCGCGUUAGGUUCGAAGAGUCCAAAAAUGUCUGAGAACAACCCGGACCACAACCAGACGACGUGCGAGGCAUGUAAGAUCACGUUCGCUCGACAUGAGAACUAUGUGGUGCACAAGCAGUACUACUGCGACUCGCGACAUGACCCGCCCGCGAAACGAGCCGCAAACAACAAAUACCUUCAGAGACCGCUUCGGACCCGAAAGAGAAGAAAGAUGCCAAGUCCAGAUCCGGCCGUGUCUCAUUCGUAUCCUCUCAGCAUGUCCCAGGAUACAGUAGAGAGUCUGAAGGACCAGCUUCAUCACCGCUACAGUAUUAUGAUCCAGGGUUUGGUGCCAAAGCAUCCUGAACCAUCCUUGACGGUUACGAAAUCAGCUUUCGUGUCAAAGUGUAACGCAAUUGCUCAGGAGGAAGUCGACGCUCCGAUAGAUCUGAGUAAAAAAUGCGCUACGCAGUUCAGUAAAGUUUCAGGACUCAUGGACUAUCAUGAAUGCGCGCUGUGUAAAAUCAGCUUCAACAAAGUCGAGGACUACCUGAGCCACAAACAGAACUUCUGCCCAGGUGCAGUCUUGGACAAAGCACCAAACAUAAAGGAAGAAUGUUCCAGAAAUGCUGGCGCCAACACUGAUGAAAACCAACUGUGCGUUUCUGACAAACACGGCAUGAUGAAUUCCGAUAACUAUCCAGGUGGUGCAAAGAAAAUCAGAGCAGACGAACAGAUCUGGCCGUACUAUGAGAUUAAACCUGCUGACUACGCCACAGGGAUUUUCGCUCCACAAAACGAGAGGCAGCAAAGCCCAAACGAAGGCACAGAAAGCGGAAAAGAGCAACCCAUGCCAGACGGCAGCCAUGUUGCCUCUGAAAAUAUGGACGCCCCAAAAUUACACUCCAAUCUCCAGGAAGACGCUGAGCCAGGAAACGAAUCUCACGGUACUUUGACCCCAAGCUUCCACUUCACAGCUGGUUCCCCGGAUCGAGAGAUCUCCAUAAAUCCAAAAGAGAGCUGCUCUUCUUCACCUGCAUCCAAAACGGAGGAGAUCUUGAGCUCGAACAGGAGUAUGCACGGCUCGAUCCCGGCAGGGCUUAACAGCAAAUACUGCCGUCCCUGCGACAUCCGCUUCAACAACCUGUCGAACUUCAUAACACACAAAAAGUUUUACUGCUCGUCACACACGACUGAGCACGUGAAGUGAGGAGCUCGGUGGUGCAUCUCAGCCGGUGAUACAACAGCAAGAGGACAAUCAAAUCAGGAGAUUUUAUCUUCCAGUGGUUUACUAGUGCAUAUAUAUUUGCUGUGUGUGGUAUUUUUGGCUCUUUGUGAUGUAUGUAUUUAUUUAUUUAUUUAAAAAAUAUUUGAAGCACUGAAUUAAACCCAGUUUUACACUGUA